AUGCGCCGCCAGCUUUUCAUCCCCGCGAAGAAUUCGCGGCAUCGCAUUGCGGUCCUGUCUCUAUAUCGGGCCCUAUUGCGGUCUGCGAACAAGAUAGAGAUUGCCCCCCUUUCCGACAGUUUAGACCCAAAGAAAGCCAUGGCCCAUGCCCUCAAGAAGGCGUUCGUUAGGAACAGCACAUACACGAGCUACAGAUUAGUAUAUGCUUCCGUGACAGCAGGAUACAAGUUCCUUACUCUCCUCUCCAAAGCCCAAAUACCAGGCUCGCCCGAGCACAAUCAACUAACAACACAUCUCGCUUCCCGGCAAGACCUGAAACCCCGACCACACGAACACAAAUUGCCUCCCGAAAGACCCCGCGAGCCAUUCCUCAAAAACAUAGCCGAUCCAGGCGACCCCCCCGUCUACAAACCGACCUACAUCCCUGACUCAUUCAAAACUCGCAUCCCCUCCGUCGCCGCCACAGCACAUGGCCUGCCAUUCCUGCGUCUUAAAAAGCCACAACCGAAAGAGUUGUCCAAAAUGAUUGGUCGAAAGGCCCUUGUUUUCGCCGAUAACGUAGAAAAGAUGGUCGGGGCCGACGAAGAUAUGGGCUGGGACGCAAUCCAGGAAGACCAGUGGGAUAAGCUGGUGGCGAGGCAGGCCGAGCUUGAGGGAGUGACGGACUACUUCCAGGGUGCUGAUGCGGUUGGCAAACAGACCGGUUCAUUUUUGUGGACCGUGCAACUGACCAAGUUGUGGUGGGAGUGGAAGAUUGACAAGAUAUGGCAGGAUUGGAUCGCAAGGGGCAAAGCGCUGACCGAGCUAGUUGAGGAGCAAAAGGCUCAGGGGCAGAAGGGGCAGGAGGUCAAUACGGAGGAAUCGUUGAGGGAGGACGCACCACAGGCUAUGGGAAGAUUACCGUCGCAGUAUCGAGAUGGGCCGAAUGCUGCUGUUUUUGUGUCUCCGCUACGUCAGUCCUUGGCAGCUAUUGCGGCAGGAAUUGCUCGUCAAGAGGACAGUGAAGCGGGUUAUGUCGAUCUCUCUGAAGACUCGGAAUGGAGUGCGUUGGUGAAAUUGCAGAAGUACCGGUUACAAAAAUGGACUGCUAGCGUGGAUGACAGCCGAGAUUUAAGGUGA